GCAUAGUUUAAUAAUGUGUUAGGUUAUGUCAUGUUUUAACAUAAUAAUAUUUUUUUAAUAAAAAACAGAAGCAAUGGUGUUUUUGUCACGCAUUUAUUUUUCAAAGCUAAAAAGAGCGUCCCGGAAAUAUUUGAAGGAGGGUUUUCGAGAUUCGCUGAAGGUGUUCGUGUCUGGGGGCACAGGAGGAAACGGCUUGCCAAAAUUUGGGGGUGUCGGGGGACAAGGUGGCGAUGUAAUUGCCGUGGGGAGUGACAACGUAUCGUUACAAGAUGUUUUCAAGCGAAAUAAAACAAAAAGUUACACAGCCAAAGCGGGGAAUCACAGUUCACACAAUUUCAUCCUUGGACCUCCUGGGGAAAGCUUGAAAUUUGAAGUGCCUGUUGGCGUGACUGUUAUAACAGAAUUAGGGAAGAAAAUAGGGGAAGUAAAUGAAAAAGGUGAAGAACUCUUGCUUGCCAAGGGCGGGACAGGAGGCAACCCCAAGAACGGCUACUUGGGGACGAAAGGACAAGCAUAUCCUGUUAUUUUUGAUUUGAAACUCAUUGCAGAUGUGGGGUUAGUUGGGUUCCCCAAUGCGGGGAAAAGUACCCUUCUUAAAGCCAUCUCUCAUGCUAAACCAAAAAUUGCAAGCUAUCCUUUUACAACUGUGAGGCCUAACGUUGGCAUUAUCCAAUACAAAGAUUUCCGUGAAAUUUCCAUGGCUGAUCUUCCUGGUCUCAUAGAAGGGGCUUACGCCAAUAAAGGAAUGGGGCACAAGUUCUUGAAACACGUAGAAAGGACGAAAUUAUUAUUGCUAGUUGUUGACAUAAAUGGGUUUCAAUUGAGUCCACAAUACCCACACAGGAGUUGUCUAGAAACUGUGUUACUUUUGAAUAAGGAACUCGAAUUGUACAAUAAAGAUUUACUAGAAAAACCAUCUAUGUUAGUUAUCAAUAAAAUGGAUACGGAAAAUGCCCAUCAAAAAUAUAGUGACGUUAAAGACUUGUUAUGGAAUUUAACAGAUGCUGCAAGGCAAUACCCGGAGGAGAUGAGACCAGAAAAUUUCCUGAAAUUCAGUGAAGUGAUGGCAAUUUCAGCCAAAGAAAAAUCAGAUGAUGUUGAGGCUGUAAAACAACGGCUUCGUCGUAUGUUGGACGUUUUAGCCCAGUUGGAACAAGACGAUUCAAAAAUUUACGACGUAUAUAAAGAUGUAAGGAAUAAUUUAACCGAAAAGGGCCCGAGACUAGUUUAAAUAAAACAAAUUUUAUUUUUCCUGUCUAAA